CGUCAAUAUCGCUGAAAUAGUGAAAUGAGUAAAUUGUAACAAAAUUUGACAAAAUUCUGUCUAAAAUGUAGACAUUACGAAAUUGUAUAGAAGAUCAACUGCUAUAUUCUCCACUUGCCCUUUUGUUUUCACCAGUCAUUUACAAGUUUUUGAUAUUCAUUUUGAUCAUGUGAUGUGUACGGAUGUUUACAAAUACAAAGGUCAUAAUCAGAAACGGAUGCAUUAUAUUUAGUGCAAAGAUAAAAAUAUAGUAAAAUUCUAUAUACAGUGUAUGUGUAUGGUUUUUAUUUCAAUAGAUAUAAUCAAUAAUCAGUUGCAAAAUUGACCAUCAAAGAAGUAUUAAUAUAGAUAAUUGCAUUCGCGAAAAUGGUUAAACGCACAAGAUGCGCCCGUUUCGUAAAUUUGACCAAAGGUACAACCCCAGACGAACUAAUACAACAUAUACAGAGAUUUGUUCCUUCAAUAGCCAACGUCGAAAAGGUUUAUAUGAGUGAGGAUUGCCAUUUACAGUUAAUAUUCGCAUAUGUUAUAUUUAAAUGUCACGAUGAUGCAACUAGGGUGGCUAGUCGAUUAAACCAGACGAAAUGGAAGAAGCUUUGCUUAAAUGUUGAAACCAUUGGUCCGUAUCUCGAAUAUACUGAGUACAAUAAUGAAGAGGAACUUCCAGAAGGUCCUGCAAUCAAAAGAAUCAAAAGAGAAAUAGAUCUCAAUCUAUCUGAUGUAGAGGUUGAUAUGGACGAUUUAUAUGCAAGGUAUUCAUCAUAUAAUUCACCAAUUUAUAGACCAUGCAGUCCAAACUAUGAGAUAACUUAUCCAGGUUAUUCGUCAGGUAGUCUAGACUAUUUGCCAAGUAGUCCAUCCUAUAUGCCAAGUAGCCCAUCCUAUAGGCCAACCAGUCCUGAGUCUACUAAUCCAAAUUAUAUGCCAACUGGUCCAAACUAUAAUCCAACUAGUCCAUCCUAUAGUCCAACUAGUCCAUCCUAUAGUCCAACUAGUCCAUCCUAUAGUCCAACCAGUCCAUCCUAUAGGCCAACCAGUCCUGAGUCAACUAGUCCAAACUAUUCACCAACUAGUCCAUUAUAUAGGCCACCAAGUCCAUCCUUUAGUCCAACAUCCCCAUAAGGUCAGACACAAUUCAAUGUAAAUCAAACCAA